AUGGCUAACUUGGUUUCACCUGAUAGUUUAAGGAACCGUGAAGAAGGCAUAGUAUCUGGACUUGGCCCUUCAACCCCGAAGCAUUUAUCGGAAGAAAAAAGAACCCUUGGACGCCGUACAAAAGCCCAGGAAAGCCACUAUGUCGAAGAUGCAUCAACGACCUAUCUCGAUAAUGCGGAACCUGACAACCAGCAGUUUGCUGAUAUCGAUCUGGACUGCGGCCUUCGAUUAUCCGGCUGGGUGAAUGAAGUCGAGACAGUUAGUAGUCACCUGUCUAGUAACCUAGAACCGAUACUCCUUAAGUAUGGGGAAACAACCAAGGGCGCUAGUAAACACAGCCAUACUACAACGCAAUGCGAAAAUACUAAGGCACACGCACCAGAAUCAUUACAGGUUCUGUUUAUGGAAGAUUCCAGAGAGCAGUAUAAUCCUGAUGAAUCUGUUCCUCCUACAUCCAAUGCAGACAUAGAAGACAUCGAUAUCUAUACUGCCGAAGCUAGACUAUAUUUACCGCCCGGCAAUGGCCCGAGUAUGGAUCGAGCAGAAAAAAUUGAUGAACUUGGGGAACUCUUCCUAACUCGCUGGAAUCUGGGAGGAGAUAUCGAGGAUAUUAAAUCAGCUAUAGAUAUGGAACAUUCGGCUCAGGAUUUGGCUAAUCAUAGUUGCUCUGGAAAGGGUAAAUAUCUCCUAAGGCUCCAAAUUAUGCUUAUGGAGAAAUUUCAGGCAACUGAUCAACUGAUCUAUAUUGACCGGGCCAUUCAGGUGGGUAGCGAGCUUGUAGAUUUUUCUACAACAAAUAAGUGUGAGAUUACUCAAUUUACGGCGCUACAUGACUUAGCCACCUGUUUACAAGCACGCUACGAAAAGGGGAAAGAUAUAGAAGAUAUGACUAAGGCAAUCAACGCUAUGGAGGAGGCGCUAGCGUUGAGUCCCACUGCCACUGAACAACAACUAUGUCUUGAAGGUCUUGGUCGACUUUGGCUAUUAAAAUACGAUCGAACCCAAAGCGUGGGUGACUUGGAUAAGGCAAUCGGGUGGUUUGAGUUAUUUACGAUCCUAGGUAUUACGACUGAAUAUCUCAAAUCAGGAUACCACUAUCUAGGAGUUUGUUACCAGGCUCGAUACCGCUCGACCGGAUUCAGUGGCGACAUACACCAAGCCACUAAGAUGGCAAAGGCUGUACUUAGAUUAUCCUCAACCUCACAGGAUCUGGAUUCGUCUAAGCUUAUUGCCUAUUUGUUUAAUCUAGGCUCAUACACCUACCAACACUUCGUUCAUACAGCAGAUAAAAGCGACUUGCGAAUAGCCAUCGAUUCUUUCGAGAAGGCACUGAGAAUCCCAGGUCUGAGUCCCGACCAAAAAUGUACAGUUCUUUGCCAGCUCGGGGAUAGCCUGGUUAUGAGAUAUAAGAACUUAUCGAAAGCAGAAUUAGUUCUGAGGGAAGCUGUUGAAACACAAGACGCCUCUUCUGUAAACCGGGCUUCUGCAGCAAAAAGUCUUGCAUACAAACUUGCGUACUGGGGUAGAUGGGAAGAGUCUCUAGCUGUCUUUCAAGAGGGGGUAUCUCUUCUCCCUACUUUCGACCCGAAAGCAGCGGAAGAAAAACUGCAAUCGAAUAUCGAGGCUUUUUCCGGGCUAUCCCGUGAUGCAGCUGCAGUUGCUCUAAAUGCUGGUAGAACUCCACUAGAAGCUUUAUCCCUUCUAGAAAAAGGUCGUGGUAUUUUAUCUAAUUCGCUCCGGACGAAAAAUACUACAUCGCUUGUGGGAGUAGGCACAGUGACAGAUUCUGUUUUCCCAUACAGCUCAGAUGAAAUAUUGAGCGCUGUUGGCAAAGAUAGACUCGCUGUCAUCAAUAUUAGCAAGUUCAGGUGCGAUGCAAUUUUAGUAGGGGAGGGCCGAAUAGAGGUAGUCCCUCUAAUCCACUUGGAUCAUGAAGUUAUUGACGAAAAGGCUAGGCUCGUUCGUAACAGUGGAGAUGGUUCUUGGGGUGCCCUCGAGUGGCUGUGGGAAACUGUAGCUCUUCCAGUUCUCAAAAGAUUUGAAAUCUACAAACCAUUGCCAAAAGAUCAAGCAGAGAGAUUCAGCUCGCAGGACAAGGAGAAAUCACAAUGGCGAAGGGGAAAGACGCUAAUCGCAGACGACUGCCUUCCUCAUAUUUGGUGGAUAACGACCGGACAAUUGGCUCAAAUACCUAUUCACGCCGCUGGAAACCACUUCAAACACUCCAGAGAAACCGUUUUAGACUGUGCGAUUUCGUCAUACGCCGUAUCGGUUAAGAGUUUCAUAGAGAGCCGCCGGGAAGCCACUGAGCGAAGUCAUAAUAAUUUUGGGAAAGCUCUUAUCGUUUCAAUGCCGAAAACACCAGGCCGCUCCCCUCUUCACUUUGCAGACAGAGAGGCUGAUGUUGUUUCGAAAAUUUGUCAGUCACUAAACCUCAGUAUUGAAAUCCCGAAUUUGCCGUACGGAAAGGAGGAAAUAUUGAAGCAGCUUCAAGACUGUCAAAUCUUCCAUUUUGCUGGCCAUGGCCUAUCAGACCCAACUAACCCAUCACGAAGUCAUCUUCUGUUGGAUGAUUGGAUGAAAUCGCCGCUCACAGUUGAAGACCUUCAAUCGCUCAACCUACACAACAAUCCGCCUUUUCUCGCAUACCUAUCCGCUUGCUCGACCGGUUUAAAUCAAGUUAUGACAUUGUGUGACGAAAAUAUCAACUUGAUUAGUGCUUCUCAGUUGGCAGGAAUCCGACAUGUCAUUGGCUCGCUUUGGGAAGUUAACGACCGACAAUGUGUUAGUGUGGCAAAGACAGUCUACGAAACUAUCGCAGAGAAGGGGUUAACAAACCAUGCUGUGGCACUUGGAUUACACCGCGCGAGCGUUCUACUUCGAGAUGAAGCGGUCAGCAAAGAAUCUGGAUUCCAAGCUUAUAAUCAGAGCCGCCGGGAGAAAUUAAUAUUAUCUCAACACAAUGCGCUCAGGCUAUCGAGCCCAGAAGAUUUUGAAUCAUGUGCAUACGUCGUCAAGGAGUUUCCGAACUGGCUGAAUGCCGAAUUGAAAAGCUACCGGUCGGUCCCGCUACGCCAAGUAGACUAUCGAAAUCCUGCAAAAUCUGCCGACACAAUUUUUUCAUUACCAGUCGAGGUAGCAAUGUUCCGACAGGUACCUUUACAGUCUGAGGCCGACAACUGGCCUAGAUAUACCAAUGGAGGCCGAAACGGGCUAAAUGAGAGAGAAGACACUAGUGCAGGAGGCAGAAUUGAGACUGAUAUCUCGUGGGAAAAUGCACAUGAAGCUGUUCUAAGGAAUCCAGCUAGAGCGAAACCCAAGAAGCCACAUAUUCAUUGGGCUCCAUAUGUUCACUUUGGGAUCUAA